AUGCCCCUCCACCUCCCCACGCCCAAGUUCCUCCAGGGCCUCCCGUCCAACAGCAUCCGCAUCAUCGCCAUCCUCAUCACCGUCAACGCCGUCGUCUGGAUCGCCGUCGGCAUCGUCCUGCACUUCCACCCGGCCCUCAUCUCGCCCGCCGCGCUCUCCUACGCCCUCGGCCUCCGCCAUGCCCUGGACGCAGACCACAUCUCGGCCAUUGACCUCAUGACGAGGCGGCUCAUCGCGUCCGGCCAGCGGCCCGCCACCGUGGGCACCUUUUUCUCGCUCGGCCACAGCACCAUUGUCAUCAUCACGUGCAUCGUCGUGGCGGCGACGAGCGGCGCGCUGAGGGAGCGCUUUGACGGCUUCCAGCGCGUGGGCAACAUCAUCGGGACCAGCGUCAGCGCCGCGGUGCUCAUCAUCCUGUGCCUGGGCAACGGCUGGGUGCUGUACAAGCUGGUGAAGCGGCUGAAGGAGGUCCUCGCGCAGCGGAGGCGGCGCUUCGGCGAUGGGCAGGGCGGCGAGGUGGACGCUGCUGGGGUUGCUGCCGCGGCGUAUGCAAACGACCAGCUGCAGCUCGAGGGCGGCGGCUUCAUGAUCAGAGCGCUGAGGGUCAUGCUCAAGACGAUUGAUCGGCCGUGGAAGAUGUAUCCGCUGGGCGUGGUGUUUGGGCUGGGGUUCGACACGAGCUCUGAGAUUGCGGUGCUGGGCAUUGCGAGCAUCCAGGCGGUUCAGGGGACGAGCAUCUGGCUGAUUCUGAUUUUCCCCAUUCUGUUUACAUCUGGCAUGUGUCUUGUGGACAGCACUGACGGCGCCUUGAUGAUGGCCUUGUACACGUCCAAGGCCUUUUCACGGGACAUUGUGGCCAUAUUGUACUACUCCAUCGUGCUCACCGGCAUCACGGUCGUCGUGUCUGCCUUCAUCGGCAUCAUCCAGGUCCUGUCGCUGGUGCAGAACGUGGCGGAUCCGUCGGGCAGCUUCUGGGACGGGGUGUCUGCCGUUGGUGACCAUUUCGACAUCAUUGGAGCGAGCAUAUGCGGGGUGUUUGUCGUUGUUGGGAUCGGAUCUGUUGUGGUGUACGGGCCGUGGAGGAGGCGGAUGGAGAGGCGGAAUAUGGCUGUGCUGGCGGACGAGGAGGGCGAGGAUGGGGGAGACGAGAUUGAGAGGGAGACGCUGCCGCCGGGCUUGGAGCAGGGGGCAAGUCCAAAGACGGCGAGCACUCAGGUUGCACUUGUUUAA